UCGAGCCGCUCUCCUCCUUCGCAUCGCGCAAAGCCACUAUUUCCCCCGGUAGCCCUCACAUGCGGUAGGGUUCCUUGUCGCCGCUGCAUCGGAGCUCCUCGACCGGCCACACUUCUAGCCGCUCCACCCCCUGCUUCUCUCUCCUAGCGCUGCACUCACCCUCUUUGCCCUGGCUGUCUUCCACAAAGGUCGCUGCCUUCCCCGUCAAUUAUUCUCCAAUAGAUGCCUUGUGGUUGGGGAACUCGGUAGUGGUGGUUUGAAGGACGUGGGGAAGAUGAACCAAUGAUGGCGGAACGACCGACCGAUGUGUGGCAGCCGACAGCGUGGAAUGAGAGCUCGGCAGCGGCUCGACCGGCUGCUAUGUGCCGUUUUGGAGGGUGAACUCCGCAUAGUGUUGCGUGUAUAGAUAGUUCCAUGUUGGACGUCGGCAGGCAGGCGGAGGGCAUGUCCGCGGUCGACCUGGAGGUCGUGUUCGGCUCCAUUGGACGCGUCGCUUUUAUCAUAGGGCUCUUGACCAAGCUGAGCGAAUUAAAUUUCACAGUUCACCGGUAUUGCAAUUCUAUGAUGCGAGUGUCUCCCCAGAAAUGUGAGCCCCAAAGGGCAAUUGGUGAUGAAACCUGUAGCUUAUCAAACAUGGAGCAGUGGAGGGAAUUAAAAGCGUGUGGUAUGGAUCCAUGUGGAAGGGGUGAAGUCUUUUGGGUAGAAAGACGUUUGGGAGACCUUUAUGGAGGGAGCCAGGCAAAAACAGGACACUGCAUUGUGUUUCUGGGUCAUCCUCUAGGUUCUGGUUUGAGACCUACUACUGCAAAGGCAAGCAAAUUAGUUUUGCGGUUCAUCUAAAGUCACACUAUUUAAGUUGUUAAUGCAAAUCCAAGAAUGCUGGCUAUCUAGAUCUUUUUCUUUAUAGAUUAUGUGACACCAAUAAUGGUAUGUCGGUUUUAAUUAGAAUAUAGAGCUGUGAGCGGCACAUCACGGAGGCCAUGCCUCAAACAUGUGUGGGCUGGGCAUACACUUGCAUCUCUAUAGCCAACUAUAACACAAAGAUGUCAUAACAGUUCAACCAGACUUCUUCUCCUGUCAUGAAUCUCAAUCGGCAUUUAUGUAAAAUUAACAUGCCCUUGUCAUAUGCAUCAUCUUUUUCACUCCGGGUGAUUCAAAUUGAAUCUAUUGUGACAACUUUUAUGCCGUGUUAUUAUAAGUAUUUAUGCCAUCUUCUUUUUUAGAAAACAGGUUAGUAGUAUUUCUCAUUUCUUGCCAUUCUUAUUAGGACUUAGCUAACAAUGUGGCAACUGGUUCUAUUACUCGGGUAAAGAGCGCACACACUGGAGUGCAUUUGUUCCUUUAAUCUAGGUAACCUACAACUUGGUCAAACUUCCAAUUUCUUUAACUGAAAGUUUCUUUUUGAAAAAUAAAAAUAUGUUACCUUAUUUGUUGCAACUUAUCUACCCUUUAAUGUGUGGUCCCCUCCCCCCCGCUAGGGUGCGUGGGGGCAUUGUUGGAUCGAUCGCGCGCACGGUUGCUAGGUGUGGUGAGUGUAUUUUGUGUGUGUGCGCGAUGCGAUUUGUGAUGUAUGUAGUGUGUUGGGCGUGUGUGUGCCCCGUGGAGGCCAUGUGCACCUUCAGGGUCAAGAUAGCCAUCUGCCGUCGUGCUCCGCCGCCCCACGCUGCAGGACUGACUCUGAUGACCUGAUCAGAGCAGGUUUGAUCCAAUCUACCUUUUAUUUCCAUGGCCUUCCCAUCUCCACACCUAUCAUUGAUAUUCUGCUUAGUGCAUGUUUUGGGAAGAUCAGGCUACAUGUUGUUCUAUACUUCUUUACCUUUGAAAAGUUGUUACCCUGGUUUUGAUACAUAAUUUAGCAUGGGUAAACUAAUAAAAUUUAAUCUGGUUUAGGUGACAUAAUCAGCUAGAGAAGGACAUGAGCUUGCAUAGUUUUUAGUAGAAGAUGACAUAAAUUGUGGCAUUGGUCACAAUCUAGAAGUUUUUCAGGUGAGUGACAUGGUUUAAUUUGGAGAAGCACUAGGUAGGAUGCAGUCACAUUUUUUAUGGUUCCUGCCUAUUCCUUGUGGUAUUAUCAAUAUUUUCUAAUUGAACUGAAUUUCUAUGUGAUAACCUUCCAAAUCCAAAUCCUACUUCAGAAAGUGUAUAUGAGCAAAGGUCUGCACCUAAACGUUAUCAUAAGCGAGGUCUUAGACAAGGUAAUGUUUUUCUAUUUGAUGAACUGACAUGGCAAUGUUCGAACUUGGAAGUGAUCAAAUCAUAUGCUUUGGUAUGAAAGAGUGUAAAGUAACUAUUGCAUGUACAUCUUAGCUCUAGAUUUUCAGUUUGUGCUUGUCUAAUGUAGAAAUUGUUGUCCAUGAAGCAUGGCCUGAAUGUCGGAAAAUAUCAUUCAUCCUUGUGUUGCAGUAAAAUAUAUCUCUUCAUUACAAAAAAUACUCCCUUUAGAUUUGGGAGCAGUAUAUGCCGAGUAUCUAUACUCACCAGAGUCAACUUUUCCUUUAAGAUAAUUUUAAGAGGUACUGCCUAAGUUCAGCGUGCAAUGUGUCAUAACAAAGUUAUUGUGGUAUAAACAAUACUCUUUGGGAUACUCCAUGGAUAUGUUGGUCGGAUUCCUUUGUUGCUCUGAUAGGAAUUCUCAUCUCGUCAAAGUUUAUUACUCCCUCUGAUCCAUAUUACUUGUCGCAACUUUAUUACAAUGUGUCAUAGCCUAGUUAUUGGGUCAAAAUCAGACUCAACCCAAAAUAUCCUCUUAUGCAUAACCCAAGAAGCAAAAUAUUUGGGACUAACCUAAGGGAAAAGGGGGAUGUAGUCCCAAAUAUUCAUUAUAUGCUUCCCGGUUUCUUUAUUUUAAGCGCAAGAGAUGAACUAUAUUUCCCCUUUUUCUCAACAUAUUAUGCUUCACAAAUGAAUUAGCUAGACAGAUGAUGCACCUGGUGUUGUCUAGGUUAUCCAACACCUAUUGAUAAUGUCAACAAGAUACAAUAUUGUUAUGAAAAAUCCUUAACACACUAAUUCCCCUAUUAUUUGAUUUAGUGACACAUCUCAUGUUGUCGAUAUUAACAAAGGUUUUCUGUUAGUUAUAAGUUUUACUAUGAGACUAGACAUCUAUUGUUUUGAAAACAAUAAACUGAAGCAUAUUUAAUUUGGCUUGAAUGAAGCAGGAUUUUUGAUUCCAUCUGAUUAUCUGCUUUCAUGCGCAGAGCCCACUUGAUCUUGCUAAGCUUCGGGAGAUUGCUGUAAAAACUGUACGAGUAUGCGAACGUGAGAAAUCAAGCUCUCCCAUGGGAAAAUUCCUUGUACCGUUGGAUAUAACCCAAGCAAGCAAUAUGAUUACCAUGCGAAUGAAGCGAAGAACAUUCCUGACGUUGUUGUUCAUGAAUAUCUCAAACGCAUCAAGCAAUGGUAAGGAAAGAGGCGAACUGUUAUUGAAGAUUUGUCUUUGGUGUCUCUAUAGUUUAGUGAGCAGAGUAAUUAGAAUUUAGGGUUGGAUUGGACCCAUGAAGGUGCUGCAUAUUGAUUUAUACGAAGAUUACUCAACCUCUGUUUGUGUAUCUUAGAAUCCAGGACCCGGACUGUUAGAACUCAGAACUUGAAUUUAGCAGGUUUCACAAGCAAUUCAAAAAGCAGAGGGAGAGUGGUCUGAGUGUGUGAUGCAUGUGGUGCUUCUGACACUGCAGGAAGUAGUGAUCCAGCAACAGAGCAAAGUCGGUUGGUACUGCAGCUACCCACAUGGAAGUAGAAUCACAAGAGAGUGAUCCUGGUUCUUGUUAAAUCUGGUGUCGUGGGUAAAUACGGGAUUGCUGCUGACCCUAGGGACACUGAAAUGGCUGAUGAGCCUAGAGAUCCAGUGCUUCAUGCCCCCACAGAGCUAGAAAACCUGAAAACUUUUGAAUGUGAAGGAAAUCAACCUGAGGAUGCUUUAGACCUGCAAAACAGGUCAAAGGGUAUUAGAGGAGUAGAAGCCAAUUAUGCUUUGAAGCUUGCGAACAAUCCUCCAAAGAGAUCUAAGUUGGAUGAACACAAAGUAGCAAUGCUUGGUAAAAAGCGAGCCAGACAAACUGUGAUAAUUAAUGACGAGGAUGCAAAGCAAGCUGGUAUAAUGACAAUAUCAACACCCAGGAGACAAUCUCGUGGGGCUGGUGAAGUAGCUGCAGGAACACAGAACCAGCUGGCCAUCAGGGACCAGAGGCAAACUGAAAUGAUGGGUCCAGAACGAAGUAAUUCUGCCACCCCAAGGGAUAGAAAUGCAGAUUCCAGUGUUGAUGUUGAAUUGGCAUCUCCGAACUGGUCAAAGAAAAUGAAUGCUGAAAUACCCCCCUCAGAUGGGAACCAACAAUCUGUACCAAGGCAGGCCACUUUGAGGCAAACCAUGGAUUCCAAGCAGUUCAAGGGCCGACCAGUCUCUUCUCAGAGAGCAGAUGUAACAGGGCAGAACAUGGCAGAUCAGAAACGAGCCCACAAGAGGUCUCUUGUUUCCAAGAAAGAAGCUUCAGCAAAUAAUACACAAUAUCAUGACACAUCUGUUGAACGACUUCUACAGGAAGUGACAAGUGAUAAGUUCUGGCAUAAUCCAGAGGAGUCGGAACUUCAAUCUGUUCCUGGAAGCUUUGAAUCUGCUGAGGAGUACAUUAGAGUUUUUGAGCCUUUGCUUUUUGAGGAAUGCAGAGCUCAGCUACACAGUUCUUAUGAGGAAUCUCUUGAGGCUGUCUCAAGGGAUGCACAUGUAAUGGUGCGCGUUAGAACUGUGGAUAGGCGUGAAAGAGGGUGGUAUGAUGUUCUUGUUCUACCAGCACAUGAAUAUAAAUGGACUUUUAAAGAAGGAGAAGUUGCAGUUUUGUCAUUCCCUCGGCCUGAUUCAGCUGCACAGUCAAGUAAUUCUAAUAGGAAGACUGUUGGUUCAAAUGAAGAUGCCGAGUCAGAGUGUGGACGGCUUGUUGGUAGAGUCCGGCGCCAUAUGCCUAAUGAUACACGUGAUCCCAUUGGAGCAAUUAUCCGUUUUUAUGCUGGGAACCCGUCUGAUUCUAGCUGUGAGAUUAAUGUUCUGGGGAAACUCCAACCUCAAAGCACCUGGUAUCUAACUGGUCUCGGUUCUCUCGCAACAACACAAAGGGAGUAUAUUGCGUUGCACGCAUUCCGCCAUCUUAAUGUGCAGAUGCAAAAUGCAAUUCUUCAGCCGAGUCCAGAGCACUUCCCCAAGUACCAAGAGCAGCCACCUGCUAUGCCUGACUGCUUCACUCCAAAUUUUUCUUGUCAUCUCCAUCAUACAUUCAAUGGGCCUCAGCUAUCAGCAAUCCAUUGGGCUGCAAUGCAUACAGCUGCUGGCACAGGCAAUGGAGUAGUGAAGAAACAAGAACCUUGGCCUUUCACAUUGGUACAAGGUCCUCCAGGAACAGGGAAAACUCAUACUGUUUGGGGAAUGCUAAAUGUUAUUCAUCUUGUUCAGUAUCAACAUUACUAUGCUGCUCUGCUAAAAAAACUUGCUCCUGAAAGUUAUGAGCAAGUUGGUGGUAGUGCUAGCAGCACCUCAGAAGCUGUUGCUGCGGGCUCAAUGGAUGAAGUUUUGCAGAGCAUGAAUCAAAACCUGUUUCGCACUCUUCCCAAGCUUUGCCCCAAACCGCGGAUGCUUGUUUGUGCCCCAUCAAAUGCUGCAACAGAUGAGCUGCUUGCUCGUGUUCUAGAUCGUGGUUUCAUAGAUGGUGAGAUGAGGGUCUACCGCCCUGACGUUGCCCGUGUUGGAGUUGAUUCACAGUCCCGUGCUGCACAAGCUGUUUCAGUUGAGCGACGGACGGAACAGCUUUUAAUGAAGGGACGUGAGGAAGUAAUUGGGUGGCUGCAUCAACUAAAAGUCCGUGAACAACAAUUAUCACAAGAGAUAGCACUUCUGCAGAGGGAACUUAAUAUGGUUGCAGAGGCUGGUAGAUCUCAGGGUUCGUUUGGAGUAGAUCCAGACAUGCUUGCUCAAAGGGAUCGUAACCGUGAUAUACUGCUUCAGAAACUUGCUGCUUCUGUGGAAAGCAGGGAUAAAGUACUGGUUGAGAUGUCACGCCUGUUGAUAUUAGAAAGCAGGUUCCGUGUUGGCAGAAACUUCAAUCUGGAAGAUGCUAGGGCUAGUUUGGAAGCUAGUUUUGCCAGUGAAGCGGAAAUUGUUUUUACUACAGUAUCAAGCAGUGGUCGCAAGUUAUUUUCUGCCCUUAAUCAUGGCUUUGAUAUGGUUGUUAUUGAUGAGGCUGCUCAGGCCAGUGAAGUAGGAGUCCUCCCUCCACUUUCACUUGGUGCAGCUAGAUGUGUCUUGGUUGGUGAUCCACAACAGCUCCCUGCCACUGUUAUUAGCAAAGCAGCUGGAACUUUACUCUACAGCAGGAGUCUUUUUGAGAGGUUUCAGCAAGCUGGUUGCCCUACCAUUUUGCUGUCAGUGCAAUAUCGGAUGCAUCCCCAGAUCCGUGAAUUUCCAUCAAGAUACUUCUACCAAGGCCGCCUUACAGAUAGUGAAAGUGUCGCCAACUUGCGCGAUGAGGCAUUCUAUAGAGAUGCAUUAAUGGCACCUUACAUUUUCUAUGACAUCUCGCAUGGGCGUGAGUCCCAUAGAGGUGGGUCAUCUUCAUACCAGAAUGUCCAUGAAGCACAGUUUGCAUUGUGUUUGUAUGAGCAUCUUCAGAAGUUCCUGAGAGCUAAUGGUGGCAAGAAAGCAUCUGUUGGUAUAAUCACUCCUUAUAAGUUGCAGUUGAAGUGUCUUCAGCGGGAAUUUGCGGAGGUUAUGAAUACCGAGGAAGGGAAAGAUAUCUACAUAAACACAGUUGAUGCUUUUCAAGGCCAGGAGCGUGAUGUGAUUAUUAUGUCAUGUGUCCGUGCCUCAAACCACGGUGUUGGUUUUGUUGCAGAUAUACGCCGUAUGAAUGUCGCUCUUACUCGAGCUAGGAGAGCUCUAUGGGUUAUUGGUAAUGCCAAUGCCCUCAUGCAGUCAGAGGAUUGGGCGGCACUGGUAGCAGAUGCAAAGGCGAGAAAAUGUUUCAUGGACUUGAGUAGCAUCCCGAGUGACUUCCUAGCUAUGAACAAAUUUUCAAACGCCCGGGGCCUGAAUUCUUCAAGCAGCACAAGGUACAUGAGGACUAGUGGACCGAGACCGAGGCAUUUCGACAUGCUUCCGGCACCCAGGAUGGGUAUGACGGCCGGUGAGGAUGGCCAUCCCAACUCUGUUGCGGGAAAUGGUAGUUACCGGAAUCUGUCCAAUGAUGUGGGGCAUCCUGGUGAUAGGUCUAGAGAUAAUUUGCAGUUUGGGAGGAUCAGGGGGCCGAAUCCAUCCAAUGAUCCGUGGAGACAAGCCUAAGGAGAACAAAUUGGUGUCUGCAGUUUUUUGCGCGGAGUGGUGCAGCAUGGAAGAAGGAUGAUGAAGCAGGAUGUUGCCUGUUGCUACUAAUCGGAUGCUGUCGUAUUGGGACAUGGGCUAUGGGCUCUUGAUUUUGUCUGGCUGCUGAACAGAUGGCUGCCUCAGGCCCUCGGCGUUGUGGAACCGUGCAGGACGGGGUUACAUGGACCAUAUUUGAACAAGGCUGUCAGCUGGACAGAUGUUGCCUGGCAUUGCUUUAGUCUGCUUUCUAUAGAUUUAUGUAUUGUAUACGCGAGCGGGCAUUUUCAUUUUAAAACCUGAUCUAUAGCAGGUAAAUCUGGGCUAGGUCAUUUUGGAACGCUAUGACGGGUUAGGGCUAAAGGUUUGCGACCAGAUAUGCCAUGUAUGACUGGUUUGCUGUUGUAGACCGCCUGCAUAAAUUCUGUCUGUGUGUAUGUACAUACAGAAAUCCGCAUGUAGAACAAGUCCAUAAUCUGGUUCGAUUAUUCUGUUUGGCAUGGCCGACCUUGGAUCUGCGUCGGUCGAUGCUUCUGUGCUUGCACUGUCUUAA